AUAUCAGGGGAUGUGCUAGUUUACAGGAACCCUGGACUACAUUUUGGAGACAUACAUGUACUUAAGGCUACAUAUGUUAAGGCCUUGGAAGAGCAUGUAGGAAACUCCAAGUAUGGUGUGUUCUUCCCUCAGAUAGGUCCAAGAUCUUUGGGUGAUGAGAUUGCAGGUGGUGACUUUGAUGGUGAUAUGUAUUUCAUUUCCAGAAACCCCAACGGUACCACUAACUACUCUCCUCUGUCCAUCGCAUUUGGAAGUAACCUGACUUUUUAUGAACCUUUCUUGUUUAGCUACUCGAACACUUCAAGCCAAGUGAACCAUGGGUUAGCUCUUCUCCUCCUAGUAGAAUUUAUGCUGGUACAGCGCCAAGUGAACUUACACCAGAAAUGCUGGAAGAGAAGCUUUUCAGAAUGUUUUUGGAGGCAAGAUUUAAUUCCAGCAACGUUGUAGGGGCGGCUGCAGAUAGCUGGCUAACAAUAAUGGACCGUUACCUCACGUUAGGAGAUGAGAGGGCUAAGGAAAAAGCUGGGAUGAAGAGACAAAUUCUCAAGGCUAUUGAUAUAUACUAUGAUGCUCUUGAUGCACCGAAAAACGGGGCUAAGGUCUACCUCCCAUUAGACUUAAAGUUCGAGAGUUUUCCACAUUACAUGGAGUAUAAGCAUAAGAAAAGUUUCAACUCCACUUCUAUUCUUGGAUUAAUCUAUGACACCGUCGUCUCUCAGAAUGAAGAAGAACCCCCUCCAUGUGAAAUCAAGAAACUACCGUGUUUUGAAGAUGAGCUGGUCCCUGAGUCUCACAUGGAGAAAUGGGGAGGCUGGUACGAGAACUAUAAAGAUGAAAUGGAACAGGCAAUGAAAAACAGAUGAGAAUAAUAAAAAGGAAUUAGCCAGUGAAGUCAUCAAGAAGUACAAGCAGGAGUUCUAUGGUGGUGCAGAGUUUAAAGACAUAAAGAGAAACCUGGACGCAUUCUACCCACAAGCCUUGGCACUUUACAACAUCGUUUACGAUUAUGCCAUCUUAAAGAACAACGUACGUUAUUGCGGAUUUGUCUGGAGGGUUGCAGGACGGGUCCUGUGCGAUUUUUACUUUGAGAAGAAGGUGGAUGGGGAGGGGGAGGAGUCAUUCUCUGCUGCAGGUUCUGUGGUCAAAAAGCUUUAUGGUUGAAACUCUUAUUUUUCAUGUUCUGUUCAGGUAAAAAUAAGCCUUGUGUCAUAAGAUGUGUGUUAAGCAAGUAUCUUACCAGGUAACCUAACUUAUAGGCUAAUCUAUGUGGUGUAGUGUCUUAUGUCUUAGUUCUAAUCCUUAGAUGUUCCCUCUUGUGUACAUUUGUUUAUGAAUUAUAAGAAAAAUAAGAAUAUGCUUGUAUUUUAAUUUCUGAAUCUUGAAACUUUUUAUUUCUUUUCACUUUUGUCUUUGGAUUGUGUUUAUUGCUUCUUUGAAGAUAAAGAGUGUGGCCAACUCGGAUUUGAAAUCAUCCGUCAAUGGUGGCGUUGUUGUUGAUGUCUAUGGAGAAGAUUCAGCCACCAUUGAGUGCAACAAAACUCCUUGGUCUCUCUCUAUUUCUAGGUAACUCCUUGGAUGUUAACCCCUUUUUUUUAAUUAACUUGGAUGUUAACCCUAAUUCUAUCUAUCGAGACAACCAAAGAAGAUCUGCACGUAAAGCUUACUUGCGCAAGAAGCUUCUCGCUGUAUUGUAUGAGCAAGAGUCCAGAACUUUUACAACAUGACUUGUAAAGUUGUAGAAUCAUUCAUCAGAUCCACUUAACUUGAAUCCAAAUCUACGCAUCGAAGCCUAAUGAAAUUCCAAAGGUAAGAACAGAGAGAUAAAAGGCAAACAAUCUCAAACGUUGAUUAACAGAUGGCAUUGUCUCAAAAGUUCACACCCUGAUCUCAUCUCAAAUCAUAUAUAAGAACAGUUGAAAAUCACCAGCUAUACAUCCAAACAACUAUAUAAUGCUUUUCAUGAAAACCAAAAAAAAAGCAGCCUAUAAAACUUCCUAUAUCGAAGACCUCUUGGUCACUGGGAGCCACUCUAGGGCCUCGUAAUCUGCAGCGUGACGAACCAUCAACUCCACGAAACGCAUAGUAGGCCGUGCGACUACCUCUUGGUCCAAACACAUCCUCGCCACAUGAAAUAAUCUGACCAAACCUUCAGCCGAAAACCAUCUAGCCAGCGCAGCAUCAACAACCAGAGGCAUACACUCUUCUAUGUUCAAUACUGGCAUUAACUGCAAAACACACAAAUUCAUAUGUCACUUUCACCACAAGAAAACGUAUAAAAAACUAAGCCCUAGUACUCAAAAAGUUUCCUCGAGUCACACCCAAUCAAAAGGGGACCUUGAGGAUAAAGAUUGUCUGGGAUUGCGAUAUUGUAGAGCCAAGCGUAGUUGAGGAACUCGUUAUUGUCAGAUGGGUCUUGUUCAUCUAAAUCGCCGCUGUCCUGGCCGUUGAUAGUUCCAGACGAAUCCAUUGAUUCCGAUGAUUCUUGUGAGUCUUGCAUUACUUACUUGACUUGAGCUUGCUCCUCUAAAGCAAUACAAGACCUCUAGAGAGAGAGAAGGAUGACGAACACUAAAAGAUCUCUCUGGAGUUGCUCUUAUAGAGGCGCCGGCUUUAUAUAUAGAUCAUUUUUUGGAAAAGAUUAUCAGAAAAAUUAAAUAAUACGCAAAUUAGUUUCAUGGGAAAAUUCCUUUUUAGUCUCGAUUAUACUAUCAGGCGAAAAUAAAAGUUUUAGAGGGGAUAAAUAGUUUUUAUUAACUAAUGAGAAAAUGACUGUUUUAAAAAGAUAAAACACAAGACUUAAACAAGACUACUUAUACAGAUUCUCACUCACGGCAAUAAGCUAACUAUUCAAAAAUAGCAUUAUUUUGGAAGCUUUGCAGUCUACUAAUCAAGGAUUUAAAGAAUUUUACACAAAGUUUUGGGUUACAUUACCAGAAGAUGUAGUUUAUUACCGACUAUAAUUUUCAAAGUUUAUAAAAAUUUCAGUGCUAAAUCAUAACUGUUCAUUGUGAUACAAUACUACGAAAAGAACUUAUCCAUCAAAAAUAUUGUACAUCUAAAACCAUUACGGAGUAAAUUACACCAUAGAACUUUGUACGUAAGGUCGUUAAUAAAUAUUGCAGAUAAUUUAUCAUCUAUGAAAAUGCCUUUUAAUUUACUGUUCUCGUGGAAAUGACCUUUAGUGUAUAGACACUCUUAUUAAAAAAGAUGAAUUUUUAUAAACAUAAAUCAUAGAAUCCAAAAGGCCAU